GGGGUUGUCUUCUUCACCUACUGAUAUAUUCCGCUGAGUGAAGACGAUGGCCACUCUUUAUUCCUUCCGCCUUCCUUAUCCAGAUCCCCAAAGUACCGUAUUUUCCAGACUAUAAGGGGCAUGGGACUAUAAGGCGCACCUUCAAUGAAUGGCCCAUUUGAAAACUUUGUCCUUAUAUAAGGCGCACCGGACUAUAAAGCACACCAUUAAUGCAUCAUGUCAGAUUUUUAAUCCAAAUCAAAUCAAUUCUCCAUUUUAUCUUUUUUAGUUCAACUUCAGAUGCAACAAAUAACUUUAUAAUCAUGAAAUAAUGAUCCAUCGUCUUUUUGAUUCAUGAUUCAUAGGCUUCAGCGGGCCACUUAUGAUUGAUUUCAUGACACAUUGCUUCGGGCCAGUUUAGGAAUUUGGUCCAUAUAUACGGCGCACCGGGCUAUAAGGCGGCUUUUGAGAACAUUUUUGGUUUUUAGGUGCACCUUAUAGUCCGGAAAAUACGGUAGCUCAUGCGCUGUCACCCAGAGAGCUGAUUUACUUGUCAGCGCUCAACUCUGUCUUAACAAGAAGUGAUGAAGGAGGCUACCUGAUGUAGUCAAUACAAUUACCUCGAAUAUUUCUAUUUGCAUGUAAAGAAAAAAGAUGCAGAAACGCGUAGGUCUGAAAUCUGCGUCUCCGGCACAGAUGUUAUUCUCAGUCUUUUUCGGGGAGCAGAAUGUGUGUUUAUUUUGAGACGGAGGCUGACGCAGUUGGGUUUAGUCACGCCGUGUGCAGGAUGGAGUGAAUGGAAGUCAUUGGAGUGGAGGCUGGAACAAAUCAAGUGUGCAUGUCUUUUAAGGCCCUGCCACAGGCGACUGUUGUUGUAAUAGCGGGGAUGGAUGAGAUGCACUCGCGAGGUGGCCCGACCCCUUCCGGGCUGCACUUGGAACUUAGCUGACUCUCAUCACCUUCACCUUUUUUUGCAUCACUGGGAAUAUCCUUAGCAUUAAUAAUGCCAAAUAGUUUCUCAGGCGAUGGCUGUGAACUUGGAAACACAACCGGGCGAGCGCAGGUGGCACCGGCGACAUUAUGAGACUCGGCGUUCUCUCUCGGUUAGGGCGCCGCAACCCGCGAAGCACAUAUUAAAUCAUCUUUCUUAAUCUACAAUGAGGUAUUUAUAUGUUGUCGGUCAGGGAAGAUCAUUGGUCGUCAUUGCUCCGUAAACUAGAACAUUGUGUCCUUUAUCAGGUAGCUUGUAAUAACAACGUUUGAUGCGAUUAUUAAUACGCUUAGAUUGGAAAUUUAAUUGCACACAUUUUUUCCAGGUUUUAUUCAGGGAGUCAGGGCACCACUAAUCUAUUAUCACAUAUUGCUUGAGGGAAAAGGUGAUAACGCCACUGAUGUCUUCGUGGAGGGGGAGGAGGUGGGCAAUUAGGAGGUGGUGGUUUGUGGUUUGUCUCCAUCAUUUGCCGCAUUGUUUCCAUGGAUAUGUUAAUGCACAUUUGGACUCACAGCUUUUGACAACAACACGACACGUAUUAUAUUAGGUCUUGAGCCACUGAGUCCCAAGUACCAUGGCGCACAACUGUGUAAUUUAUAAAUAAACAUUUGAUGGCGCUGAGUUUGAUCUUGGAAGAAAUGAACGCAAUAUGUUGAAAUUAGAACAAAUUGUUAUUGUGUGUGUGUAUUCUGGAGAAUGUUAAUUUGUUAGAAAGAGCAAAAAUGAAUUUUUUUUAAAGUUAUUAAAUAAAUAAAUAAAUAAAUUUAAAAAAUAUAUAUAUAGGAGAGAUAUUUUUAAUCAAGCUAAAACAGUCUAUUAACGCAAGAAAGACAUCUUCAAACGUUUAAUUUCACAGUGGCUGCACAGCAGUAAAAAUUGCAAUUUUCAUUUUUGAUAGACCUCCGAUUUGUAGCUGUGGGCUUUUGCUUCUAUUAAUUAUGACUUCAUACAUGUCAAAGUAAUUGAGGAAAUGGCCACAAAAGCAAUCGCUGGACUAAAUUGAUUGUAAACAACUCACAAAGUAAACGGCAUAUUUUUGGAGAACAAAAGUGGGAAGUCAUUUAUUGCCAACUCCCCCCCAACAAUAGGUUUUGUAUGGAACUAUGGUUCUUACACGCACUCAAGUUAAUAGAGUAAAGAAAAAGGUUGAAUAGCAUUUUGCUUUUUCCACUCUUUCCAUCUCCGCUUGCAGGAUGCUAACAAAAUUGCUUCGCACCAAAUUUGAAGGUGGACGUGCAACAAAUUUUGAUUUAAGGGUGAUGACGUAAAGUGCCUGUGUGUUAUUUUCUUCAGACUAACAUAAAACAUUCAAAUUAAAUAGCAAAUAUGCUGAAUUUGUUUUGUUAUAUGAAUAUCUUAAUUAUUUAAAUAACGAUGGUAACUACAAUUUUUAAUACUGGUGGACAAUCUCAUAUUAUGUUGUCCAGGCUAGCUUUUUGUUUUGUUGACUACCUCCGGCUAUGACUGCAUAUUUACAACUGUUAAUUUGUAGUUACUGCAGGAGCUUAAAAGUCAAUUAAAUUACAUCUGGGGGCCUUUAAGGCAACGUAAAAUGUAAUUAUUGCUUUUAAGAUGGCAAUCUGCAGUCACUCAAGUAAAGAGGAUUUCACUUCAUUGGAUUUCGGUGAUGAAAGGAGACAUUUAUGUUUUUAUGAGGUAAAGUGAGGUAAAGCUUCAAGAAAAUGAAGUGGACUUUCCUUGGAAAGCAUCACCAGGAUUUUCUUGAGUGUUUCGUAUAACAGCGGCAUCUUUGGGAAGCCAUGUCGAUAUCAAUUUUAUAAUUCAGACUGUUCGAAUCUCUUACUGUCCGUCAUCCGAAAAAGACCAACUUCUCUUUGCUAAAAGAAAAUAUUCUAGCUGUUUAUGUCCCAUUUUAUAUGACAUUUACUGUACUGAGUUUCAUCACUAUGUCCGGGAGGGCAACAAUAACUGCCGUGCAUGUCCUACAAUGGACACAAGUUUGACACCACAGUGUUAAAAUCAAAUACACUGAGACCUCAAAGGUCAAAAGCAAUCCGUUCGACAACACUGCUGACCUCUCAUUUUCAAAUACAAUUUCCCCCCAAAUAAAUAACAGAAACAGUCACCAUUAUAGAACUGUACUGGCAGUGUUUCCCCCCCCCCCCUAGAAUUCCUUAAUGUACACAAAGGAUAAAUUACAGCACACUAUAGCAUUCACUUAUCACACUGGUUGAAAUCAGUCUGGAUUUUUUAGGCAAAUGCAGUUUACAAUUUGUUUUUUAAGCAAUGAGCAACAAUUUGUACUUGUAUGGGGUGUGUGGUGAUAUACUGAAGAAAAAAAAAAUCUGUUGCUAAUUAGUAAACGUGGUUUUACACCUCAACAUUUGCAAUUAUUAGCCCGCUGCCGCUAGUAAUUAUUCCAUUUGCCAUCAUGUGAAGGUUACAGAUGAAAACAUGAAGAGCAAACAUUUGUUUUUUUUGCUCAGUUGAUUGCUUGCAGAAAAUAACCCUGUGAGAUUUGUAGUGAAGUCUUCAAACAUGCAGGUCAAGCAUUUGAGGACACACCAUGAAAAAUACAUUUUGUUCAUCCUCUUGGCAAUGUGCAUCAGGGAAAAUAAGCAGCUUUUUAGAUGCCAGUCAUGCCUGUUAAGCCAUAUCUGAUUUUGGAUUGGGGAAGGAACAUUUCACACUAAACCUUAUUUUUUUUUAAAUGUAGAACCUUUUGUUGUUCACAAUAUAGUUUGUAAAAAAUGUAGGCUUUACAUCACACAUGUCAUUAUGGUUGGAAUACACAGUAAAGUAAGUUAAUUUUUUUUUUUUUCCUCUUGCCAACAAUAAUUGUCCCUGCAGGUAAUGAAGCUUGAAGUCUGGAAUCACCUAAAAUUGGUCAUCAACACCUGCAGACUAUAAAAAAAAAAAAAAAAUUUCUAGUAAAAUCUGUUCUGACAACAACAAAAAAACUAAUCUAUUUCUGUCAUUAAAUUGUUGUUUUUCUACAUCCCCGGAAAUGUAUUCUAAACAAGAAAUCUUCACAUUCAACUCAGCAGUCAUGCUCACAAGCGGAACAAAUGCUCCGGCACUAAAAUGUGUUGUGAAAUUGCAAAACAAAUCGCAAAUGGACACAUUUUUAAAUUAGGAUUCGAAUGGUCUAAGCUCUCUUUGACAAUUGGACAGAAGGUUGAUUUCUCUCAUCCUGUAUGCAUGGGUGUCAAAGUGCUGUUCGUCAAAUUGACUAUCUACACUCAAGGUCAGGUUUGACGGCUCGGUCCGAAUGUAAAAAUCACCCCCCCCCCCCAACCCCUUUUAGUGAAAAUGUUUCUCAUUCAUGGCAGUAAUUUGCCUUCUUUGUCAUUACAACCCAUUAGAGAUAAUAGAACAUCUAAAAAGGGGCACAUCAUGGCUGAGAGAACACGAGCGCCAACAUCCUGUUUUGUAUUUCAAUGGGUCUCAUAUCAAACCAGAAUUCAGAUUGGCUGAUGGUUUUUGAACCAAAACUGACCCCUAGCUAUCAGUAAAGGUUUUAAACAUCAUUCGAAAAUCAGUAAAACCUAUUGCGAAAUAACCAAGCUGCAGAAUGAAGAUUGAAUAUGUGACAAAAGUUAAAUCCAUGCCAUAAUAGUGUGAGAUCCCCCAAAAUAUUCUCAGCUCAAUAUUUAAAGGGCAGAUUUAUUAAUACUUUCUUCAAAUUCAGAUGAUAUUUUUGCCAUUAAAAGGAAAUGCUAAAUUCUAAAUGGCAAACCGUUUUUGAUUUCUUUUCCAAUGUCACUUGCCGGUCCACUCAAAGCGCCGUUAAUGUCACAGCAGAACUUUUUUUUUUUUUUUUUUUUGAACAGGUUCAUGCUGUUCCCCUCUACGGGAAUGCUUUUGAUUUCUGUCAGGCAGACCUCUCCGCGGCUUCCAGACACACUAAUGACACGGCCUGGAGUCAUCGGCGGGCUCUUUGGUACACGACGGUGAGCUGAGAAAUGCCGGGCUUCAUUUAGCCCUAAGCGUUUUGCCUUUUACUUUUUUUUUUCUAGGCCUUUUUUAUUGAUUGCGGCAGUUUUGAAAAAGAUAAAAAUAGAUUAUCCCCCCGCCAUUCCCCCAAAAAUUUAAUAUGUAGUUGCUGCAUAGGGACAAUUCAGUAGGCUAUCAUACAAAGCUCAUUUUUCCUCCAUAUUAUUUUAAAAUAACCUGGACAAAUAAUUUAAGAGAGAGUAUGGUGCCCUGAGCAGGGUUAUACAUUUUUGAUUUUUUGAUUAUACAUUUUUUAUGAUAGGGCAAUAUGUUCUCUCAUUUAUUUAUUUAUUUUUUUAAAUGCCUUUUUGUUUUUAUUUUCUUUCAUUGACAAAACAGUUUAUCCAAUUUUUGUUAUUUCGUAUCUAGUAUCUAGUAUCUAGUUAUUAACUACGAUAACCUUGGACACCAAUAUUGGGGUUCCGGAAAGAGAUGCCCUCCAUGGCCAGACGUGAGUUGAGCGCAUUACGUAAGCUUUGUGGUGGGAAGAACCUAAGAGGGAACAACAUUAAGUGGAGUGAGACUGUGAAUGUCCUCCAGCAGGUCAUUUUUCGAGACAAAUGGUCAAACAUGACAAGCAAAAUGAACCUAAAUCAACUCAUCUGUCAUCUAUCACUCGAAAAUGUCUGGCCUCAGUUUAUAAUGUCGGACAAUUUUGGCUCCAAGACAUGAUCUCUAAUCGGCUUGAAUGCAAAAAAAAAAGAAAAAAAAAAUAUGGACCCCGGCUUGUUCUUUGUAAUGAUUAUGGACAAAACGCUGCAUACGGCACCAGGAUGGAAUAUUUUAACAUUUUGCUUAAUUUCCCAAUGAAUAAUGCAUGGCUCUUUGUACUAAAGGUCAGGCAUAUGCCACGAGUUCAUGCUUGGUUAAAAAUCUAUACUACUUUUUAUCCAAAGCCUGCUCAGCCUAUAAUUAUGAAUUUGAACUUUUCCCAAUACAUAUUUAAACUUUUGCGCACGUUGCCACCAUUUGCAGUAUAGUCCAAUGUGUUUGAAUUAAGGACGGGAGUAUUCAUUUGUGUUUAUUUUCCACUUUCCUUCUGUCCAUUAAACAAGAGAAAAUACCGUAUUUUCCGGACUAUAAGGCGCACCGGACUAUAAGGCGCACCUUCAAUGAAUGGCCCAUUUUAAUCCAAAUCAAAUCAUUCUCCAUUUUAUCUUUUUAUUUCAACUUCAGACGCAACAAAUUACUUUAUAAUCACAAAAUAAGGAUCUUUUUGAUUCAUGAUUCAUAGGCUUCAGCAGGUCCAUAUAUAAGGCGCACCGGACUAUAAGGCACUAUAAGGCCUUUGAGAAAAUUUGAGGUUUUUAGAUGCGCCUUAUAGUCCGGGAAAUACGGUAAUAGAAAAUAAUUAAUUGCAUAGUUCAUGAUUAAAUUAGUCGACUGUAAAUGCUGUACAUCUUGAACGAAUUGUUUGUUGGUGAUGUAUUAAUGCUACUGGUCUAUUCAUGUCCAUCCAAACUCUUAAGGCUAAUCUGAAUCUCUCGCGUUUGAAAAUGUUCAAUGUAGGUAGCAAAGAGCAUUUUUCUUUUCCAUGUAAUCUUUCCUGAUGCGGUAACCCCCCCCCCCCUUUGUUUUGCAUUUACUGUGCACAAAUAAGCACCCUUCAACAUGCCGCCUUGUCAAUUUCGUCACACCUCCUCCUCAACCAUCAAAAGUUUCCAUGCAUACAUUAAGGCAAGAUGUGGAAAAUGACAGCCUUUCCACCCUUUUUUCAGCUUGUCUACCACCUAAUUUCCAACAACCUGUAUUAUAAAUGAUGUGGUUGCGCAAGUGUGCACACCCUCUUAUAAACGCCAACACAAUCACAUUUCAACUCAUGUUAAAUGGGAGUCAGCAUAUACCUGCUCGAAUUUAACGGACCUCUGAUUAACCCCAAAUCAAUUUGUCUUCUAUUCCUGACAUUUUUUGGAUUUUGGUCCAAUUUCUUAAAGUCACACAAUCCUGGGAUUUCCUGGGGUGUGUAGACUUUAUAUACCCGGCCGGCUCCACUUGGAUCAAUCAAAAUACCGUAUUUUCCGCACUAUUAGGUGCACCGGAUUAUCAGGCGCACCUUCAAUGAAUAGCCCUUACUACUUGCAUGUCAACUGACCCACCUUACGUCCCAUAUUUCUUCAUAAAGGUACCAUAUUCUGUCUCAUGUACAUUAGACAGUGAAAUGUGUUCUCCAUCCCUGAGGAACAAUGGCAAGUCGCCCUGGAUUGAUUUCGAUCUUGUGUGCUUUAGGCAACGAAAGCAACUGGAAAUUAAUCAUGUACUGUAUAUUUUUAGCUGUAGGAGGAAACUGGAGCAAGACCCACAAAUACAUGGGAAAACACGCACGACAACUUCCUUGCUGGGAAGCACUUUGGUUAACCACCGUUUUCAUAGGAAAGCUUCUCCUAACUUACCUGUUUAUCAACAUCGACCCAAUUCCUAGUCACUGAUUUCAUUUCCCCAUUUGUUCAUUCGAUUAGAUACUUGCAGAGGGAGUUGCCGUAAUUACAAACUAUUAUCAAUUAAAAGGGAAAUGUCAACUUUGUUAACCACUAUCGGUCUGAAUAAUAAUAACUUCACGAUUGCAAUCGUGUUUCUUUCGGCCAUUUGAAUUAGAAAAACAAUUUUGUGAUGAAAGAGAAGCCCAGCUGAAAUAUUAAAGGGAAGCCACAUCUAUUAUAAGAGUGAAGUUUAAGGAAACUUAACUUAAGAGAGAAUGGUAAACAGUUGAGGGAAGUGACAUGAAUCACAAUUAGUUGCAUCAGAGCUUUAAAGUUGAGCUGCUGUGUUCACCUGGAGUCUGCUUUGCACGCAGAACAGAGGUAAAAUUCUCCAAGCAGACAUUAGUAUGCACUUUGCAUCUAGACGCCCCGAUGUAAUGGACAAAAGGAACACUUCUGCAUUUUUUUUUUUUUUUUUGAUGAGAUGCAGAGGAGGGUGAGACUUUAAUUGCUGUUCACGGGGAUCUGGGACAGCACAGCAAAAACAGUCCCAGUCACAUGAUUUAAAAAAAAUAAUAAUAAUGAGACUAGAGAAAAUACAUUUUGGGCUUAAACUAACGCUGAAUUUUUAGUCAUUGGAAGUUAUAUCGAAAAAAAAUCAAUCAAUGUAGAGAGCACAGACUGUCAUUGAUGGGCCUGUCUGUCUUUAUUUAAAGCCACCCAAAUGUGUGAAUGUACAAGUACAGCGUGUGAAUGUUCUAGUAUGUAACACAUUGCGCAAAAUGCACAAAUCCACGUCUGCCCAUUAUUUUUACAUUGCAGCGGGAAAUCUCUCUCGCUCCGGCCCAAGUGCAUAUAUGUGCGUUUAUAUCGAUCUAUCUAUUUCCAUUGUCCCUUCUCAAUAUAAGUGACUCCUCCUGCAGACUUAGACUAGACUGGCAAUGCGGCUUUAAUAAGCGGUGGCUUUGUUUAUGAGGGUCUCCUGACUGUGAAGCUCAGAUCCCCGUGACCAUGUACGACGACGAGGAGGCCUGCUAUUAGGCAGGAAGCCGUAGCACCACUUAUUGGAAGUAGAUGUUGUUACCAUGACGCCAGAGCUUCAGAAGUGUUAAGCGGAGCAGAUGUUAACUGUUUUCCACACCUUUUUUUCCUUUUGAACGCCGUGUCCUCGCCUCGGUCGUCAUCUUGCCUGAACCUCCCAGUCAUCGGCGUUUACCGAUGCGGAUUCGGCUUCCUCGUACCUAUUCGCAUCUCCUUGGGAUAAUCGGCUGAGAACAUUUUGUUAUUAUUUGCCGCCUUCUUCCUCUGUUGUCAAAUCCUUCCCUGUGGAUGAAAUGAUGACGUUCUGCUUUUGUUUGCGCUCAACCUUGCCUGUGUCAUUUAGAUCCCCUCCGUAGUUGUCAUGCCAACGGCAUAUCUGAGGCCGUCGUGCCGAUUCGACGGAGGGUUGGGAACGGUUGCACUUCACAGACGGGCAGGUACGCACGCGCAGCCGCUCGGUCCGCGCGUUGUCGUCUUUUGGCAAGAUUUGCUAACGACAGAUUGCAAAGAGAUGCUCAAAUUAUGUAUCGAGAGCGGAAUGACUGACAAACAGUGCCAAGUUCCAUUUCAUUUCUGAGUAGACAUCAAUUUGUGCCUGGAGCACAUUACAAAUACCGGAUGAAAGAAAUGAGGCCGGUUAAUUAGGUGAAAUGACUGCAUGUAUUAGAAGACAGGACAUCCAUGCAUAUUUAAAAAAUAAAUGGCACCAGUAACAGACAAUUUUUUGCAAGGGGCCCCAAAUUCCUGGAAAACCCGCAUCAAGCUAUGCAAGUGCAAUUUACAUCCUCUGAAGAUAAAGUACAAGAACAUAAAAAUCACUUCAGAUACACGGUUGCAUAAAUGACUGUACUUUCCCGAGUAUGUCCAUUACCCAAGGGGUUGUUUUUCAAAUAAAAAUGAAGCUGACUAUACCCUUUUUAUAGCAUCUUAUAACGGUCGACAAUAACGUUGUCUCCCUUGUUGCUAGAGAGAUGUGACUUAAUGAAUUCCUGGACAGAUGGAACCGCCCUGCCCGUCCGUCCUUUUCCACUGCAAGGUCGGGCAUCCUGGUCUCACACCUCAUGCAGGAUGUGUUACACCGGGACAUCCAGGCCAUCUGCACCCCCUUCUGCCCCCCCCCAAAAUCCCAAGUUUCUUCUCCCGCCAUGUUGAGUACUAUACGCCUUUGAUUGGCGGCAAAUCAAGGUCCAACCUCGCGCCAGACUUGCACAGAAGAAAAGGCUGGAUGUUGCGCUUCUACCUUGGAUUAACGCGCAAAGAUAAAAGGGCGGAUCUGUGCACCGGAGGGAAUUAUGUAAGGUUGGUGUAGGUUGGUCCUCUCGUCUCUCCCAGCAACAUGCAGUCCGUGCUGGAUGCUGUGGCCGACACCACCUUCCGGACUAUCACCUCUGGUUUACAAUAUCUGGGUUCCAACGACGCCAACUACGAUGAUGCCGUCAGUGAAGUGGACUUCAAGGGCGUGUUCUCCCUGCAGAAGCCCUUGUCCUCCUUCCGCAGCAACGCCUUCCCUGACAAGAUCCCCCCUGACGAGGAGCUGAUCCUCAGGGGAUUCUACCCCACCAAUGCCACAGAGCUCCUGUCCAACCGGACCACGUUCCGGGACGAGGGCAAUAACAUCCAAUGCGGGGAGAACUUCAUGGACAUGGAGUGCUUCAUGAUUCUGACGCCCAGUCAGCAGCUGGCCGUGGCCGUCAUGUCGCUCACCCUCGGGACCUUCACAGUCCUGGAGAACCUGGUGGUGCUCUGCGUGAUCCUGCAGUCGCGCACCCUCCGCUGCAGGCCCUCCUACCACUUCAUCGGCAGCCUGGCCGUGGCCGACCUGCUGGGCAGCGUCAUCUUCGUCUACAGCUUCUUGGACUUCCACGUGUUCCACCGGAAAGACAGCCCCAACGUGUUUCUCUUCAAGCUGGGCGGAGUGACGGCGUCGUUCACCGCUUCUGUCGGCAGCCUCUUCCUCACCGCCAUCGACCGCUACAUCUCCAUCCACCGACCUUUGGCCUACAGACGUAUCGUGACCCGGACCAAGGCGGUCAUCGCCUUUUGCAUGAUGUGGACCAUCUCCAUCGUCAUCGCCGUGCUACCUCUGUUGGGCUGGAACUGUAAGCGCCUCAAGUCCGUGUGCUCCGACAUAUUCCCCCUCAUCGACGAGAACUACCUGCUCUUCUGGAUCGGGGUGACCAGCGUGCUGGUUCUUUUCAUCAUCUACGCCUACAUCUACAUCCUGUGGAAAGCCCACCACCACGCCGUGCGCAUGCUGAGCCGCACCUCCCAGAAGAGCCUGGUGGUGUACUCGGCGGACGGCACCAAGGUUCAGACCACGCGCCCCGAGCAGGCCCGCAUGGACAUACGCCUGGCCAAGACUCUGGUGCUCAUUCUGGCGGUGCUGAUCAUCUGCUGGGGUCCCGUGCUGGCCAUCAUGGUCUACGACCUCUUCUGGAGGAUGGACGACGACAUCAAGACGGUGUUUGCGUUCUGCAGCAUGCUCUGCCUGCUCAACUCCACCGUCAACCCCAUCAUCUACGCCCUGAGGAGCAAGGACCUGAGGCACGCCUUCCUCAGCUCGUGUCACGCCUGCCGGGGCAGCGGCCAGCAGCUGGACAACAGCCUCGAAUCGGACUGCCAGAACCGCAACAUCUCGGCCAACAGGGCCGCCGAGAGCUGCGUGAAGACCACUGUGAAAAUAGCCAAAGUAACAAUGUCGGUGUCCACGGAGACGUCUGCCGAAGCCGUGUAACCGGCUGCCCAGAUUCGAGGAAAGUGGGGAAACCAGAUUUGGAAAAAAUGAUCAUUUUGCGUUGUAGUAGAGCAGAUAAUCCUUUGUUUGAUGACUCGCGUGUGAAAUUUGGCAGAAAUACUCACUGCGAGGCUUACUUUAACAAAAAAAGGCGCUAGCCACCUGUUUUCUUGAUAUCUGUCCAUAUCAAUUGAUAUUUUUUUUUUUUAGGACUAUUUCAAGGUUCAAAGAAUUACUGGGCGAAAAUGAUGACUGCAGUGGUUCCGUUUCCACUUCCGUGCAAAUGGGAGUUUAAAUUUUUUUCUUAAAUUGUGAGUAUAUUCAUACCAAAUUUCAUUCAUUUCUUUAUCAUCAACUGAAUGAUUCUGGCCUGAAAAAUAAUAAAUCUAGCAUUGUUAGUGUGUGAGCACAAUGUGUGCCCAAGUGCCAAAAUGCUUUUACAAGGUCAGACUGGAAAGAAUUCUUCAGUUCAUGAUAGUCCAAUUAGUGAAUGCAUUUUAUAUUUUUGUACUGUGACUUCAGGUUUUGAAAACAAUGUAUUGUCACGUUGGGAACAAGGGGCUACUGACAUUUUGAAUUCCACACGGCUUACUGUGUGCCAUCUGCACCAUGAAUACGAGAAAUAGUCGCUUUCUUUUCCUCUCUCUCUCUCUCUCUCUGGCCUUGAGUUUCUCACGGGCGUUUAUGUACAUACAUUCUCAUAAUUAAAACAGGUCACUUUUUAUACUUCUUCUGACAACACUCAAUGAGUGGCAAGUGUGCAAGGGAGUGUGUGAAAUGAAUGGUGAGGUGUGCAAUGUGGGGGGGGGGGAAGCGCUUCUAACUCGAGAAAAUAAAAAUAAAUGCAGCUUUUUUUUCAAUAUGUGGUAAGAACUAUUUUUUUUAAUGAAUGGUGGUGAGCACCGUUGUAUCUAUUUGUUUAUUUGCUCGCCGUUGGAGAUUGUAGAGUGUUACAAUCAGCAAGUGCACAGUGUUAUAAUGCAAGAAUAGUGUCGCAAUUAGGGUUGGGCAUUUUUACAAGAAUGUUUUUUAAAUAUACAGUUUGUUUGGAUCCAAUCUUUGAAUGUUCUGAACUCCUAUGCCCAUACCAGACUCAUAUAGAGCUGGAAAAAAAGGGGACAUGACAAUCAAUCAAUUGAUUAUCUAAUGCCCAUCCCUAAUUCAAAUCCUAACGCUCAGCUAUUUGUGUGGGCAAAUAUUUUGAACAAUAAAAAUGAGCGAGGGCGCAGUGUGCUGGUCACAACUGCGCGAGCUGCUUUCAUCUCAUGUCUGCUUUUACUAGAUUGUAUGUGUGUAAUAUUUUGUGACUUGGUGAUAUAGUUCCAACCCAAAGCCUUUAAAGAAAUCAUUCCAGUGAGUUGUAUCCAGUGCUACUGUUGCAGCAGGUCAUUUUUGUUGGUUUGUUGCGUAAAAGCCAUCCAUACUCUGGGCUCUAGUGAAGUAAUCUUAGCGUAAUGGAAUUAUUGUCUGCUGUUCAUUUUAUGUGUAGAAAUAAAAUGGAUGAGGGGUGUUGCCAGUUACAAAAGAAUGACAGAAUUUCCCCAAAUAAGUAAUGUAGUGCUUUUUAUUCUAGGAAAUUGACAGCACAAUUGUUUUUCUAUUGAUGUGACGCAAUCCAUAACAGCUCUGUACCAGUAAAUGCUUUUGCUGCUUCUUGUAUUCUUGAAUAGUGAAGACUAAAAAAAAAAAAAGGUCAACUGUCAAGUGACUUUCUGUACAGUGGUGGGAACGUGAAGACUCCUCAAAACUACAAAAAAAAAAGUCACAAUCGCUCAAGUGUUUUUAAUAUUCCUGUUUCAAUAAAGUCACAACUAAUUGUCA